AUGACGCGAUCACCAGACAAAUUUUUAUCCAAAAGCAAUUUCAUUUUACGGAGUAAAUCCACAAAAUCAACCGUACCUCUUAAUUUAUCCCAACGUACAAUCCCGUAUCCACUUUCUUUAGAUUGCCUCAUAAACAUUAUUGAAUAUUUAAAAAAUGACCGUGCAACUUUAUAUUCAUGUGUAAUGGUCAAUCGAAUAUGGUGUAAAACCUCAGUUCCGUUACUUUGGAGUCGACCAUUCGAGCAUCAAAUGUUUGGAAAAGAAGUAACAAUAUUACAAACAUACAUUUCAUGUCUCAAUUUUCAUGACAAAGCUCAAUUAAUUGAUCAUGGAAUCCAAUUACCUGAUAUGCCGAAUCCUACAUUCGAUUAUCCAAGAUAUUUGCGUGGAUUCGAUAGCGAAAAUUUUGAUCGUGCUAUUGAGGAUUGGAUGAUGAUGGUGUGUUUAGCCAUGGAUUCAGAUUACGAAAGAGUUAAAUUAUGUAAUCGAGUUAUAGGAAAUUUAUUAUUUAGUCGAACUAAUGGGUUAAAAGCUCUAAAAAUUGAUCGAGGAGAGAUUGAGGAUAGUUGUUUAAUGAAUAUUGUGAAUUUAAAUAAUCAAAUAUCAGAAAAAGAAAGUAACUAUUAUUAUGAAGUAUUUAAUGAACUUGAAAGAUUUGAAUUGAAGUUUGAUAACGAUGAUGAAGAGAAAUGGGCGCUGAAUUCUGAAUAUAAAUCACAAAUUUGUAGUCAACUUGCUACCUACACUCGAUCUCUUUCGCAUAUUACAAUCUCUAUUGAUCCAUUUCGACGGUCUCCACCACCUCCGUUUAUAGUUUGCCAACCGAUAUUCGAAUUAAUUAGCUCGCAGGACAAGCUAAAAUUUUUAGAUAUAGAAGAAUUUUGGGAUGAGUUUACAUACACGGCUGUAUUCUAUUCCUCUCUUCAAAGUCAAGCACACUCAAUUACUCAUCUCACUUUAACAAAUUUGACAGAAUUUGAUUUAUUGUUAUCAGUGUUAGUAAGUUGCGUUAAUUUACAAACUCUAGAAUUUUUAAUGGUACCUGAGCCAAACAUGGAAUCUUUUGAUUAUAUUACAAACCCACGGCCACUCAGUAUUAAAAAAUUAAUUUCAUAUGACGCGAGAAGUGAACCUCAAUUAGUUACACAAUCCUUAGGAAUUAUAAUCAAGAUGGCAAAUAGAAAUUUAAGAGCUUUAAUGUUAUUUGAAGUGACAUCUGAACUUAUAGAUAUAAUUGGACAAAAUUGUCCUAAUAUAGUGGAUUUAUAUUUAACAAUGUCAACAUCUUCCAUCUCACAUUUGUUACCUUUUCUUCCUUAUCUACCAUUGGAAUAUUUAUUUUUAUGGGAGGAUCAUAGCAUGCCUUUUACUCUUGAUUUCGUUCUUCAAAUAGCAAAAUCUAUUCCUGUAACUUUGCAAAAUUUAGAAAUCACUUUUGAUAUGGCACCUGAAAUUAUGUAUGAUUUCCUCCGGGAGUGUCCUGCAAAAUUUAGAGAAUUGGUAUUAAGGGUUGAUGGUUGUGAUGAUGAAUUCUUAGAGAUUGUUACUAUGUAUGCUAAAAAGAGUGGUGGAUAUUUAAGAACGUUGAAACUUUGGGGAUUGGGAAUUAAAUUUUCUGUUGAAGCUGUUGAAGAAGCUACGAAAAUUAUUCCUAGAAUCGUUAAUUUGGCAUCUUAUCCUCUUUGGUAG